AUGUCUCAUACUCUAUUGAGCAAAAAAACAGAGUUAUUAAGUAUGCUAAAGAGAACAGAAGAAAUAAAGCAGCAGUAUAUUUUAACCUUGAUGCUAGUAUGGUUGGUCAUUGGAUUAAAGCAAGCGCAAGUUGAGAGAAAACAGAGACUAGCAGUUACUUACACAAUGUUGCGAGUUAAAAUGUUAGAACUUUUAGAAGAAUCUGAAAUAACAAAUCUAUAUAAUUUAUCAAAGGAUUUUAAAACAUCGGACUAUUGGUUAUCUGCAUUUUUAAAAAGAUAUAAAUUAUCUUGGAGACGGUGUACAAAAAUUUCCCAAAAACUUCCUGAACAAACUCAAGAUCAUUAA